UAUGGCGGAACCCAGUACAGCCUCGUGGUGUUCAACACAGUGGACUGUGCUCCUGAGUCCUAUGUACAGUGUCAUGCUCCCACCAGCAGCGCCUAUGAAUUUGUCACCUGGCUCGAUGGCAUUAAGUUCAUGGGAGGGGGUGGCGAGAGCUGCAGCCUCAUCGCAGAAGGCCUCAGCACGGCCCUGCAGCUGUUCGACGACUUCAAGAAGAUGAGGGAGCAGAUUGGCCAGACCCACCGAGUCUGCCUCCUCAUCUGCAACUCGCCCCCAUACCUGUUGCCUGCUGUUGAGAGCACCACGUACUCUGGGUGCACGACUGAGAGUCUCGUGCAGAAAAUCGGAGAGCGGGGCAUCCACUUCUCCAUCGUGUCUCCUCGGAAGCUGCCUGCCCUGAGGCUUCUGUUUGAGAAGGCGGCACCCCCAGCCAUGUUGGAACCACUGCAGCCACCAGCAGACGUGAGCCAGGACCCGAGACACAUGGUGCUGGUGCGGGGGCUCGUGCUGCCUGUCGGGGGUGGCUCGGCCCCAGGCCCCCUUCAGCCCAAGCAGCCUGUGUCCCUGCCUUCUGCUCCAACCUCGGGUGCCACACUCUCUGCAGCUUCCCAGCAGCCGCUGCCCCCCGUUCCCCCCCAGUACCAGGUCCCUGGGAACCUGAGCGCAGCUCAAGUGGCCGCCCAGAAUGCAGUGGAGGCUGCCAAGAACCAGAAGGCAGGGCUAGGCCCACGCUUCUCACCCAUCAACCCUCUACAGCAAGCUGCUCCAGGAGUGGGUCCUCCCUUCAGCCAGGCCCCAGCCCCCCCACUGCCCCCAGGCCCUCCUGGUGCUCCUAAGCCACCUCCUGCUUCCCAGCCCAGCCUGGUCUCCACUGUGGCCCCGGGCCCAGGCCUGGCCCCCCCUGCACAGCCGGGGGCGCCAUCCAUGGCAGGCACGGUGGCCCCAGGAGGAGUGAGUGGCCCUUCCCCAGCCCAGCUAGGGGCACCAGCUCUCGGUGGGCAGCAGUCAGUCUCCAACAAACUCCUGGCCUGGAGUGGUGUCCUUGAGUGGCAGGAGAAACCCAAACCUGCCUCAGUGGACGCCAACACCAAGCUGACACGGUCACUGCCCUGCCAGGUCUACGUGAAUCACGGAGAGAACCUGAAGACUGAGCAGUGGCCCCAGAAGCUGAUCAUGCAGCUCAUCCCACAGCAGCUGCUGACCACCCUGGGCCCUUUGUUUCGGAACUCGAGGAUGGUCCAGUUCCACUUCACCAACAAGGACCUAGAGUCCCUGAAAGGCCUUUACCGCAUCAUGGGCAACGGCUUUGCGGGUUGCGUGCACUUCCCCCACACGGCCCCCUGCGAGGUGCGUGUGCUCAUGCUCCUGUACUCGUCCAAGAAGAAGAUCUUCAUGGGCCUCAUCCCCUACGACCAGAGUGGCUUCGUCAAUGGCAUCCGGCAGGUCAUCACCAACCACAAGCAGGUCCAGCAGCAGAAGCUGGAGCAGCAGCGAGGGAUGGGGGCACAGCAGGCACCUCCAGGGCUGGGUCCCAUCUUGGAGGACCAAGCAAGGCCCUCACAGAACCUGCUCCAGCUCCGCCCUCCACAACCCCAGCCUCAGGGCACUGUGGGGGCCUCUGGAGCCACAGGGCAGCCCCAGCCCCAAGGCACUGCCCAGGCUCCCCCAGGUCCCCAAGGCCCUCCUGGUUCGGCCUCCGGCCCACCCCCUCCCGGACCUAUCCUUCGUCCCCAGAACCCUGGAGCCAACCCCCAGCUGCGAAGCCUUCUCCUCAACCCACCACCGCCCCAGACCGGGGUGCCCCCACCCCAGGCUCCCCUCCACCACCUGCAGCCCCCGGGGGCCCCUGCGUUGCUGCCCCCACCGCACCAGGGCCUGGGGCAACCGCAGCUGGGGCCGCCCCUCCUGCACCCACCGCCCGCCCAGUCCUGGCCUGCACAGCUUCCCCCGCGGGCUCCACUGCCAGUGGCAAAACGAAAGAGAGAACAAGAGGGCCGCGUGUUUCGAGAAAAAUGGGAGCGAGCCUAUUUCUUUGUGGAAGUGAAGAGCAUGCCUACGUGUUUAAUAUGCAAAAAGAUCGUGUCUGUGCUGAAAGAAUACAACCUGAAACGUCACUAUGAGUCCAAGCACAGUAAGAACUACGACCAGUACACGGAACAAACUCGAGACGCGAUCCUCAGUGAACUGAAAAAGGGACUCAAAUGUCAGUAAGGGUUGCUUUGGCAUGUGAGCAGUGGAAGUGGCCCGGCUGUGGUACGUGGUUCCGCAGUCACGUGAAUGAAUUUCUUGGGCAUUAAAACCUGCAGCAGAUGACAUGCUUCUAAAGGUGCAGAACAGAGGCAUCUUGGGCAGACAGCCGUGCAGGCCGAUUCCAGUCUGACAGGCAUUGGUGUCGCACAGUGAGUUGAAGAUACGUCCAAGGAUUUCCGAGUCCAGUUGCUUGCAAGAGUCCAAUCAGUUGUGGCCUUUUGUAUCGCUGCUCAUAAACUUACCACCCAGUUAGCUUUAUUUAUUUGUGGUGUUGAGAGUUUCGAUGUGACCGAAGACGUCUGUGAUGCGGUGCCAAGGCAGGCCCAACGCUGGGAAAUGACUGACUUGUGUAUUUAAAGAAAUGCAAAGUGUCACAGAGACCCAUCAGAAUUCUUAAGCACAACUGCAGACAGUUGUGGAUCUCUGAGACUCUGACAUAGGGGAACAUGUCAGGACACCUUAUCUAAGGUGACAACAUUUGGUAACAACACACAAAUGAGGUCAUCACCUCAGUGACCCUUGUUCUGUGAGAUUAAACAGGACAUGCCGUGGACACCUCGAUAUUUAUGCUGUGCUUUAACCACAGGCGGGCUGAUGGUGUCUUGACCCAACGUAUUUCCCAGUUCUGGGACCUGCUUAUGGAAGAAACUCGAACUGUUGGAGUGAACCAAUUCGGUUCAUUUCAAAUCCAGUAAAAGCCACACCUCGGUUCCCCUGGCGGUCAGUCAGAGACUUCUGGUCCAGGUUACAAUAACCCUUCUGAACACUGAAUAUGUCUCCACGAGGGUGUUCACAGCUACUUGAAUGUAUAAUCCUAUCUGCCCAGUCCUGGCAAAAAUAGGAAGCCAUUGGCAAGGAAUAAUCUUGACUUUCCUUUGCUGCAGUUGGUUUCCAGAAACAAAAAAGGCGGCCCGGACUAUAUCCACCCAAAUGGCCAGGUCGAAUACCAGAUUCCUCCAAAGGCUCUCUGCAUCUAGACUAGGAAAGUGAACUAACACUGUCCAGUGUGCCGUUGUUGGCUACCGUCAGCCGUGUGACUGCAGACCCCAAAGAGCAGAUCCUGAGCUAGCGUGCAGUAGGGCCCUGGCUCCUAAGUACAAUUCUUUUUGAAGACUGCAAGAUUCGACAGCUGUCUCCUGUAGUGGUCCUGAACCUCUGUGUUGGGAAGGAUCCAUGCUCGUGAACAGCUGUUUUCCGUUAUGGACUUGAAUCAAAUUAAUACCGCUCCCAGUUUAAGGAUUCGAGGUUGAAUUCUAAACUGCCCAUCCCACCUGCCAUCCAAGGCCUGGUGUUAACAUCUUGGUGCGGAAGGGAAGGUGUCAGCCUUCCACCUUCAGCUCAAAGGAGCAAAAGAAUUAUGAAAGAGAAAGUUUUAAUAAUUAAAUAUUUCUAUUUUUCAAUUUGUAUUUUUUCAAUUUUGAAUUUAAAAUAUAAACUCCAGUAUCCUACCUGUUUGUAUUAUGUUCCAUGCAUUCACCAGAGUUCAGUAAAGAUACGAUU